CAAUAAACAAUAAUGGCGGAAGUGGGUUUCCCGGGGCAACACACAACCACCACUACAGUGACUUCCAGCACCACCGUGCAGACGAAUAUACGGUUCGACCCUUCCUACUUAAAAACAUUGCCUGGCUUUCUCAAAGCUGUACAAGUCGUUUGCAGUCUCCUCGGUUUCAUCUGUAUCCUAAGCUCCUACUUCAGAUAUAUCUCGAAAGGCGCCUACUACAGUUGGAUCUCAAUGAUCGCCUUCUGGUUCACGGGUAUUCUCCUGGGCUUUUACCUGUUCCACAUCGUGGAGAAGUUCUACAAGAUUCCAUGGCUCAAAAUUGAAUUUCUUUUCUGUGCCCUUUGGACGUUUUUCUACCUUAUCGCCGCUAGCCUCGCCUGCACGGUGCAUGAAAACGCUUAUUCUGCCGCUGCGUUCUUCGGUUUCGUAGCGAUGGCGGCGUACGGCAUCGAUAGCUUUCUGAAGUUCACCGCGGUGAAAGCGGGGGGCCUGGCGCAAGGCACGAGAGUCGUCUCCAAGCAGACCACGGCCGCGGUCAAUACCCCACCUGGACGCCCUGAAGGGUAUUAGAGAGGGCUAGUCGUACGUAGAUUAUUUGCUGUGGUCAGGCUAAGGGGAUAAUCAUUAAUCGUUUCGUAAGAUCGCCAGUGUAUUCGUUUUUCCUAUAAAAAACAACGAAAGGUAAAUGUUUCAUAAUAAUAGCUAAAAACAAUGUGACAUAACAACUAAAGUACUGUACUCAUUAGCAAACAUGUUUUGCAGUAUUCGUUAAUGAAUAUAUAACUCACCCGACACGUCUCCUGACAAAUCGGUGUUUAAUGUAGGAUGACAUGUCGGCUAACGUAAGUAUUCAUUGCGAACAAGUUGUCUAACACUGCCUACAUGUUCACCAAUGAAUCCCUAUUGUAAUGUAAUAUGCAGCGUGUCUAUAAACUCGGCGUGAAAACUCAAGAAGUUUAUUCUGUUUUCCGAAACGAAUUGCUUUCGUGGAUGAUUUUUUGUCCCUAUGCAAGAUUUGGUAUGCCCAGAGUUCGGUUUUUAAAUGUUUUUAAAUCUGUGAAAAGAUAAAAAUUUAAAUAAGUAUAAUGACUAAAGUCGUCAGAUUAGAACUGCCCGCCGAUCGUAAUCAGCGGCUGAUCAUUAUCAACGUUUUUUACACGCUAUGGUCUGUAGUACUGUUACUAAAAAUAAUAAACUUAAAGAAUGUUUGUAAAUAAUCUCAGUAUAGAGUACUAAAAAACCGACCUCAAAAGUACGUGGAAUUACAUAUAAUUACCAAGUUUUAUUGAAAUCGGUUACCGGAAAGUAACCCUCCACUAUACGGGUCACUGUAUAAAAGCCACUACACGGGACUUGAUGCAGGAGGUCAUCGGUUCUCACUGCUCAAAGUAUAUUGAGAGAGAAAAACGCCUUGAAUUGAAGAAUGGCAAAAUCAAUCAUUAAAAUAAUUGCUCCUUAUAAUUAAAUUUAGGCGCUAUUUAUAAAAAAGAAUCU